AUGGUGGUGCUUCUCCAGUGGCUGUCCAUUAUUCUGUGGCUAGAAAAUGCUCAAGCUCAACUUGAAGGUGAAGGCAAUUUCUACUCUGAAAAUGUCAGUCGGAUUCUUGACAACUUGCUGGAAGGCUAUGACAAUCGUCUACGCCCAGGAUUUGGAGGUGCUGUGACAGAAGUCAAAACUGACAUCUAUGUAACCAGCUUUGGGCCUGUGUCAGAUGUGGAGAUGGAAUACACAAUGGAUGUUUUCUUCCGCCAGACUUGGACUGAUGAGAGGCUGAAAUUUAGGGGUCCUGCCGAGAUUCUGAGCUUAAAUAACUUGAUGGUCAGUAAAAUCUGGACCCCUGACACUUUUUUCAGGAAUGGGAAGAAGUCAAUUGCUCACAACAUGACCACGCCUAACAAGCUCUUCCGAUUAAUGCAGAAUGGAACAAUUCUGUACACUAUGAGGCUUACCAUCAAUGCCGAUUGUCCCAUGAGGCUGGUUAACUUCCCUAUGGAUGGACAUGCUUGUCCACUUAAGUUUGGGAGCUAUGCUUACCCUAAAAGUGAAAUCAUAUAUACAUGGAAAAAAGGACCACUUUACUCAGUAGAAGUCCCAGAGGAAUCUUCCAGCCUACUCCAGUAUGAUUUAAUUGGGCAAACGGUCUCUAGUGAGACAAUUAAAUCUAAUACAGGUGAAUAUGUAAUAAUGACAGUCUAUUUCCACUUACAAAGGAAGAUGGGCUACUUCAUGAUCCAGAUAUAUACUCCGUGUAUCAUGACAGUCAUUCUUUCUCAGGUGUCUUUCUGGAUUAAUAAGGAGUCGGUCCCAGCAAGAACUGUCUUUGGAAUCACCACUGUUUUAACCAUGACCACCUUAAGCAUCAGUGCCAGGCACUCCCUACCAAAAGUGUCCUAUGCAACUGCCAUGGAUUGGUUCAUAGCUGUGUGCUUUGCUUUUGUCUUUUCUGCUCUCAUUGAGUUCGCAGCUGUCAACUACUUCACCAAUCUCCAGUCACAGAGGGCUGAAAGGAAGGCACAGACUGCAGCCCCGCCCCUUGUGGCAAUAUCAAAAACUGCUGAACCACGGGAAGCUGAGAUUAUUGUGCAUUCUGACUCGAAGUACCACCUGAAGAAGAGGAUCAGCUCACUGACUUUGCCGAUAGUUCCUUCUUCUGAGGCCAGCAAAGUCCUCAGUAGAACACCCAUCUUACAAACGCCUGUCACUCCACCACCACUUUUACCAACUGUUGGGGGCACCAGUAAAAUAGAUCAGUAUUCUCGAAUUCUCUUCCCAGUAGCAUUUGCAGGUUUCAACCUUGUGUACUGGAUAGUUUACCUUUCCAAAGACACAAUGGAAGUGAGCAGCACUGUUGAAUAAUUGGCAGACAGGACAA